GGCAACACGAAUAUUUUAAACCGUACAAUACAUCAAUAAGUCUGGAAGUGUAAUAUAUCUACCUAGGUACCUUACACAUGAUGAAAUGUGAUUAACAUAUUGAAGCUAUUGAAUUUAUAUUUCCAAUGGCAGCCUCUUAUAAGGCCUGAUCAACGAGAGAGAUAUAGAUUGAAUAAAACUUCAAUCGACUUCCUAUUAUUCGGACUCUAGCGACUAAUAUUAUAGUUGACAAUUCGCCAUGUUAUCUGCAUCGCGCACUCCUAUCAUAGCGCCUGCGCGCAGGUGCUUUUUCCAUGCGCGAUCUUCUCACCAGAAACGAAUCGUGGAGUCUACUUCACUCGGAAUACAAUUACAGCGAGCCGGCAUUUGCCCCUCCGAGGCGGCUCUAAUUCGCAGUUUCCAGCAACGGCGACACCAGUCGUCUUCUCCGAAUAAACCGAAUUCCCAGCCCCCCCCCGUGCCAGACGCGAAGCUUCUCCUUCGCGCUCUGAGACAGAGUUUGAGUCUUCGUCCUCUAGUCAGCGCAUUAAGGGGCCAAAGCCUUGGUUCCUUAUAUCGCCAAAGCCCGGAAGAGCUUGUUAUCGCCAUUAUUCUACUAUGCGGCGUCGCCGGCAUAUCUGUCUACGUAAUUUACGCAUAUUUCAAUUACUUCCAAUCCAAGCAGUUUACCCGAUUCCCCCCGCCGAUCGCGAAGUCUCUUCGUCGUGCGUUGUAUUACAGCAACUAUUCGCCAGACCCACCAUUAGCCCUCAAGUACUACAAACGCGCGUUGGAACAAUGUUCGCAACUUGGCCUUGACCCCUUCUCCGACGAAGUCAUGGGGAUUAAAAUACAACUUGCCGCCUGGCUCGAAAAGAUUGGUAGCUACAAGAAUUCUAUCGAUGUGUUGGAGUCUCUCGUCAGAGACUGCAAAAGAUGGCUUGAAGUACUGGAUAAAAGCGUCCAAGACGGACUUGUUGACAGUUCUGGGAAGUUAGUUGGCUCUGCAAGUCCGCCGCCCCCGGCAGCACAAGAGACAGCACAAGAGGAUACCGAGAAGAAGGAACCUGAUACGAAGCCAGAGAAUCUAUGGGGCAAGCGAACGAGGAUACUGGGGAAAUUAGUUGGAAUCAGUGUUAAGCUCGGGGAACUUUAUUCCGACGAGCAUGUUCUUCAAGGCGAUUCCGCUGGCCAGCAUUUAGUCUGGGCUGUUGAGACCGUUUUAAAAGAAUUACAGAGGCGACAGUCUGAGGGUGUAAAAGAGGGCGAAGGCGAUUGGAUGACUCCAGAGCAAAUCGGCGGCGCGCUCGAAGCAUUGGGAAAUCAUUACGAGUCCAAGUCCCAACACUAUCUCGCAGCACCGCUCUUCCUGCAGGCAGUGUCACUUUCGCCCCAAAAUAGCUGCCAUACUGCCGUUCUAAUGAACAACCUAGCUAUUUCUUUAGCACAGCAACCCGUUCAGACGCCAACGGAGACCGACCAGACUACUCAGGGCAGCGCAUCCAACGUGACUACCCGUCCCACGCGAUCUACUCUCUUAGCCAGUGCCCGCGCCUGGGCCUUGAAGGCUCAAGAGAUGGCGCAGAAAGUACAAGGUGAAGACAGAACUGAAGAAUGCGACGAAGCUUGUGCCGUGGCACUCUGCAAUCUUGGAGAUAUCGCGGCCAUGGCUGGUGAUGCUGAGGAAGCCAGGCGUAGGUUUGAGGAGAGUCUAAGUUUAAGCAAAAGAAUUGCGUUUGACCCCGGUGUCGCGCAAGCCCAGGAUGGCCUUCGACGGUUAUCUUAGGCGCGGUAACGCCAACCGGAUCUACGUAGUCUAAUAUUUCACCACUCAACGAAGCUCUCGGUUUUUUUUGAGGCCGAGAUCCCCCACAGCAAAGCUAAUGGCAAAGCCAAGGAAUGAGGUUAUGGUAGAUGCUACCAAUGGGGGUUGUUUGCAUAGCCAAAUUAGGACACAGAAUUUCCUACUACGACUGCGUAAAAUAUGGUUGGGACGAGAGUCGAUGGCAAAAUGGUUCCCAAACAACUUCAGUAUUGAGUGAUCUUCCGCAAAU